GGACUACAUUUCCCAGCAUGCCACUUGUGCGCACUCAGGGUCUAAGAUGGCGGAGACUUCUGUGGCUGUGACGGCAUCUGCUAGCAGUGGAACGAUACGUAGCAGCUUCCGUACUUGUGGAAUACAGGGCGAUGUGGGGUUGAAUCACGUGGCCAACAUGCCCAUAUCUGAUUGGCAGAAAUCAUGUUCACGUGGAUCCUCUACUCCUGCUGAUAAUUAUUACCUGGCACGGAGGCGCACAUUGCAGGUUGUAGUAAGCUCCCUGCUCACAGAGGCCGGAUUUGAGAGUUCAGAGAAGGCUGCUGUGGAGACCCUUACGGAAAUGUUACAGAGCUACUUGUCAGAGAUAGGACGCAGUGCCAAGUCAUACUGUGAGCACACCGCAAGGACGCAGCCCACCCUGCCAGAUAUUGUGGUGACAUUAAUAGAAAUGGGGUUCAACAUAGACACUUUGCCUGCAUAUGCCAAACGCUCCCAGAGGAUGGUGAUAACUGCACCACCUGUGACAAAUCACCCUGUAACUCCAAAGGCUCUGAGUGCUGGACAGAACAAGCCACACCCUGCUCAUAUUCCAAGCCAUCUCCCAGAGUUCCCUGAUCCACACACUUACAUCAAGACUCCGACAUGUCGGGAACCAAUGGUUGGUUACCAGGUCCUGCGAGAGAAGGCGGCAUCUCAGCGUAGAGAUGUGGAACGGGCCUUAACCAGGUUUAUGGCAAAGACUGGCGAGACACAGAGUUUGUUCAAGGAUGACACCAGCACCUUCCCAUUGAUUGCAGCCAGGCCACAAUCCAUUCCAUAUCUGAACGCUCUUCUUCCGUCAGAGCUGGAGCUACAACAGGUGGAAGAAACAGAUUCUUCAGAGCAGGAUGAACAGACAGAUACAGAGAACCUCUCCAUGCACAUGCAGGCGGACGAGUCUGCAGAGAAGGAAAACUCUGUUUUACAACAGAAUUCCCUUAAAUGUGGCGAAGAAACACUGAUAGACAAUCCUUAUCUGCGGCCUGUGAAAAAACCCAAGUUAAGACGCAAGAAGUGACAUUUUGUGAACAGGGUGUGGGUUUUGGGAGGCUCUCAGAGGGACAGUUUGUUAUAACGGAAGAUGGAGCAGAUUUCUGUACAGGUCCCAUACAACAUCUUAUGACCUGACUCCUGGGAAGAGCUCUCAUCAAUUUGUGAAUAUUAACGAUGGAUACUCUGUGCUGCAGGAUGUGAACUGGAAUACAGAUUUAAUCCUUCUUGCAUUAGAUGUAAAUAUACAAUUAAACAUAAAUGGAUUUUUUUGCAGCCAUUGCUCUGAUGAACACCAAAACAUUGGAUCUCCAUUGUGAGAUGGUUCCACUGCAAGAGGGCACUGCUUUCAUUCCAAACAGUGGAUUGGGGUGCAGUAACAAUCAAUAAUUUAAUUUCAUAAUAAAACAAAAAACUUGAACUUUUUCUAGAUAUUUUUUGUGUUGGUGGGAAUGUAUUGGAUAUACAGUACCUCUCAUUGCUAAUGGUGCCUUAUUGUAACAAGUACAGAAGAACCAAGACCAGAAAAUACAAGGAAGUGAUAAACUCUGAUUUAAGUAAUCACAUACCUAAACGUAGCAACUUUUACAAAGCCAUACAGCACAUUCACAUUGGCAUAAAUAGAAUAAGCACUGUGUGAUGGGCAUAAACCAUGUAAAGCAGUGUUACCCAACUCCAGUCCUCAGGGCCCAUAACAAGCCAGAUUUUCAUAAUAUCUUAAUUAGAUAGGUGAAAUAAUUAACUGAUGGGGGAGCUGAUUAUUUCACCUGUGCUCUACUUAAGAUGUAAUGAAAACCUGACUGUGUUUGGGAAACACUGAUGUAGAGGGACAUUCUUGUAUAAAAUGAAAUGCAUUUAUUUGAUAGAACAUUUUGUUCUUAAACAAUUUCUUUCAUUUUACUGCAUAAUGGUUACAUACAUAGUCAAAGUUGUGCUCCUGUGCCACUUCAGAUGAAGAUACAGUUGGUGAGCCAAUGAGAAAAACCUAUAAAUAAAUAGAUACAUCCAUUAAUUAGAGUAUAUGCAUCUGGAGUGGAAUAGGGUUGUUCCAGGAGUUCAACUCUGGCUGUUUUUAACCCUUUUGAAGAUGUUAAAGGGACAACAGUCAAGUCCAAAAUAAACUUUCAUGAUUCAGAUAGAGCAUAUAAUUUUAAACAACUUUCCAAUUUACUUUUAUCACCAAUUUUGCUUUGUUCUUUUGGUAUUCUUAGUUAAAAGCUAAACCUAGGUAGGCUCAUAUGCUAAUUUCUUAGACCUUGAAGGCCGCCUCUAAUCUAAAUGCAUUUUGACAGGUUUUUCACCACUAGAGGGCGUUAGUUCAUGUGUGUCAUAUAGAUAACAUUGAGCUCACGCACGUGAAGUUACCUAGGAGUUAGCACUAAUUGGCUAAAAUGCAAGUCUGUCAAAAGAACUAAAAUAAGGGGGCAGUCUGCAGAGGCUUAGAUACAAGGUAAUAACAGAGGGAAAACAUGUAUUAUUAUAACUGUUGGUUAUGCAAAACUGGGGAAUGGGUAAUAAAGGGAUUAUCUAUCUUUUUAAACAACAAA